UGUUGGGCGGCGGGAAUGCCAAGUGGGCGCGGUUCGGGCGCUCCAGCCGCCUGCGCCGGCGGCGGACGGGUCUUGCCCUCUGCUGCUCGCCAGGCGUGCUCGGGGGGGGGUCCUGCCCCCCGGGGGAGGGUGUUUUCCUGUGUUCAUGAGGCCUCCAGCUUCAAGAAGCCCUCCCUGGGAUCCACCAGCCAGAGGAAGAAGGCGAGUCCCAAGCUGGAGCUGAUGGAGGAGCAGAGGCAGGAGAUCCAGGAGGCCUUUGACCUGUUUGACACCGACGGCACCGGGAGCAUCGACGUGAAGGAGCUGAAGGUGGCCAUGAGAGCACUCGGGUUUGAACCUAAAAAAGAAGAGAUCAAGAAAAUGAUAUCUGAUAUUGAUAAGGAAGGAACAGGGAAAAUCAGCUUCAGUGACUUCUUGGCAGUGAUGACCCAGAAAAUGGCUGAAAAAGAUUCCAAAGAGGAGAUUCUCAAAGCUUUCAAGCUCUUUGAUGACGAUGAAACUGGCAAAAUCUCCUUCAAAAACCUCAAGCGUGUCGCCAAAGAACUGGGGGAGAAUCUCACAGAUGAGGAGCUGCAGGAGAUGAUCGACGAGGCAGACAGAGAUGGGGAUGGGGAAGUGAACCAGCAGGAGUUCUUGCGGAUCAUGAAGAAGACCAGCCUCUACUGAGGCAGGAUUUCACUGAUUUUUGCAGUGUCUGUACCUUGGCAGGAUGUUGUUUAAACUGCAGAAGGUGAGGCAAUGGAGGGCUGCAGCUGCCCUGGCUGCUGCUCACCUCACACCUUGCAGCUCUUUGCAGAAGCAGCAGUUACCAGUGCUGCUGCUGCAAGCUCUCUGGGUUUGCAGGAACACUCAGUGGCUGCCAAGAUAAGGUGAUAUUUAAAAUAAAAUGUCUUAU